ACAAAAAAGACGGAUCAUAGCAAGUGACAUUAAGUACACACACUUUCAUGAAUUUCCAAUGUAUUUGCGCAUUAUUGUAGAACGAUUUAUUUUCUCUCUUUCUCUUUCAUCGAUAUUCGCGCAGGAGAGCGCGCAUCUUCCGGCAUCUGUCCGUUCAACCAGCCAUCGCUCGCCAUCGUCUUCUGGAGCCCGGCGGAGCCAAUGAGAGACGCGACUGCGAAUUCCGCUGGUCGUCCCGCCGAGAGGAGUAUAUUUCUCAGCAAUUACGCACACCGUCCGAUUUUAAUUGCCCAUGCAGAUCGUAUGCAUCGGCGUAAUGUGUACAAUGCCAGCGGAUCUGCGGCAUUCUGUCAGGUAUUCUGUUGACGCGUUGCACGUCAGGGGACGAGGCUCGCUCGUACGAUGCGAGACCGAGGGAAAAAAAGGGGCAUCUCGUCAGGUGCCUCGUCGAGAAUCGGCCACGAGAUCCGGGGCGUCAGCUUGGCGAUCGCCGAUCCUCACGCGAGAAAUUUACGAUGAGAGCGAGGGAAAGGACGCUCGGUGAUGAUCGCCGAUCGUCGGAAUAACGAGAUCGCGUCGCAUUUAUGGCAUCUUGCACUCGGUAUUCGACAGCGACAGAUCUCGCGAACCACCACGAUGGUUCCUCCGCCAGCUUCGGGACGAUGGCGUCGUUCGCAAAGUGCAACCUCGCGCGCGCGGUAUUGGCUACCGUUCUUCACGUAGCCCGGCGUCGGUGAUAGAGAACGACGCCAAACGAGUACGUUGCACCUGUGCGUGCAUCGCACGAGGAAUAAACAAGUGGACCGCGACGUUCACUCGCUAUCGGAAACCCUAGAACUCCUCGCGAGGUGGAUAAAUAAUGAAACCGAGAAUACCAUAGAGUAACCAUAGCGCCCUGAAAAAGUCUGGUUGAGGAAGGCUGAGAAAGAGUGGAAAGCCAGUGAUAUCGAAUGAUUCUAUCGAUCUGGUAGAAUCGGGUAUCAAGGAAGAGUUCGCGUCCGGGAACAGUGUAGAUAUCGUUCGCGCUGAAUCGCCGCCGUACCCUCCCGCCGGUUCGUCAGCAGGUCCGCGCGUUCGACGGCGUAAAGGGGGGUGCGCGAAGUGCGUUUCGCGUGCGCGACAGACCACGAUCAAACGCUCAGGUGCAUACUCGCGUUUCCCGUCGAGAGAAAGAGCAUCGAGACCGCGUGUCGUGUGCGAGUCGCCGCGCGCGUGCGGCGGCAGCGGAAGACUAGUCCUGUACAGUUGUACUCGUGAGGACGCGAGCGAGCAGCAAGUGCCAGUGGAAUAGAAACAGUUGAGGGAACGAUUGAUUCGAUAGCUCGCAAACAGGACGCCUAGCUGCUUCGUACGGCUCGUCGCUGCGCUGCACGCGCUAUCGCCGGAUUUUACAAAAGUUACACACUGUGGCAAAAAAAAGAUUUGCAACGCAAUUGAAUAAGGGUCUAAAGGUUCUGCUGAAAGAGAGAGAGGUAGAGGAGACGGGGAAGAAAAAGAAUAACGAGAGAAAGAGAGAGAGAGCGCGGAUUUAUAAAGUUCGAUCAAGAUUUUCGAUCGAGAAGAUAUCGACAGCGCUCGUCAUGGUGGAUCUUGCGACGUGCAGUGCAGCUUUUCAUGGCCCGCUAUUGCACAAGCGAUCCAACCUGUAAAAAGGCGAAGAGUACUGUUGAGGUUAUGUGUCGUUGAAUGCGACGUUCUCUGCUGUCGCGCGAAGCAACUCGCACGAGCGAAUUCAGGAAGACUGCAUCAAGUUCAUAUGGAUGGAUGAUGCUUGGUGGAAAUGAACGGUAUGGAGAAACAUGGUCACGGACACGGACAUUCACAUGCGCAUUCGCAUCCGCAUCGUCACCGCCAUUCUCAUGGUAGUUCUCAGAGCAGCACGUCGCAAAACUCGAGUCAACCAUCUUCAAAACACAGUCAUGGUCACGUAGUGCAUUCUCAGAAGGAUGCGGCUGCGCCACAAGUGACUCAGAAGCAAAGGAAUUAUAAGUUAUUAGUUGAUCCGUUUUUAGUUAAGGGAGCUACAAAGCUGUGCAGAUAUGAUGGAACGGUUCCAGGUGAUCCAACGUAUCCGCAGGUUCAACCUCGAGAUCCUCGAUCUCAACUGACAAGAAUUUGGACUCGACUCGAGCAACUUGAUCUACCUGUACCUAAAUUUAAAAUCGAUGCUAACUACUGCGGAGAGCCCCCACCACUAGAAGUAACGUUUUGCCAUUUGAAUGAUAACAUCGACAAGACAUUCUUGACAAACAUGGUUCAGAAAUUCGGAGUUGUAGAAGAGCUUAUUAUUUAUUAUCAUCCGGUAACAAAUAAACAUCUUGGUAUAGCAAGAGUGGUGUACGAGUCAACCAAGGCGUCAAAGGCGUGUGUAGAGAAAUUGAAUAACACAUCUGUGAUGGGGAAAGUGUUGAAAGUUUUCCUAGACCCCUUCGGGGAAGAGUGUAAGAAGAUGUUCGAUGAACUGACCAUGGAGAAAAAACCAGAGAAGAAAGUGGAGAAAGAACCGCCAGUAAAGCCUGACUCCGAACAAGAGAAACUUCAGACACCAGUGGACAAAGUUUUACCUGAUGAGAGAGACGACUUUAGAAGUAAUAAAAAAAUUGUUUCGAGUAUAGACAAAAGCAGAGAGCCGUAUAUUGAAAAUUCGAGGUAUAACAAGUACAGGGACUAUCCUACGCCAAGUAGUAGUACAGCUAGUGAUUUGGGUUAUGCGACCGCGCCUAGUGAAAUUAAUUACUCUAGCAAUUAUUCUCAAAAUUCUACUCCGGCUACGAAUUAUGACUUUUACUACGGCAGUUAUCAUCAUCAACCUCCAAACAGUUAUUUGACUAGCAUACCACCACAGAACGUCUCACAAAAUAUACCAAUUCAACAAAAUUCCAAUGUGUGGUGGAGCAGUAAUUCUGGAACACCGGGAUAUCAACCGUCGACUUCUGUUUGGUCUGUUCAGCAACACGCAACGGCUUUGGAUAGUGCCAGUUCUAACAUAACACCGAUUAGUAAUAAGACUUCCAGUGUGAAAACGCAUACCCCUAAGAAGGAAAAGGAGAAUCAAGUUACGACGAAGAGCACGUCGCACGAUUCUCCCGAUGACACUCGCAAGACAUUAGACUUAGAUACGAGAAUCGCUAUGUUACUGAAAGACAAAGCGGGUGGCAUGGCACCGCCUUUUUUACAAUUCGGCAGUGACUCGGAAGAUGAUAAAAAAUCCGUCGGCGACGGUGAAAUGUUGUCCGAACCUCCCAGUCCUUUUCUGUCGCAAGAAAUAUAUAAACAGUGUUUUGAGAAAGUAGUAGAGAGGAACAAAGAGCGUAGAAAAGUUCACGAGAAUAGCAUCGGCCAGUUUUCCGUAGACGAGGAGUUGGGUAGUGUCAUAAGUUCCAGCGAGGACGAGGCGUUGUUAGGAAGUUACAGUCCAGCACCUGACGACAACGAGCCAGAACCACCUAAGGAACCACCUCCACCUCCACCACCCGAUGAUGACAGAAUGUCUUUGAGUCCUUUGAGCUCAGGGGAUGAAAAAAUUGAAGAAGUAAUAGCGCAAACUGAACCUUCGAGUCAACUGUAUCCGACAGCUGGUUAUCCAGGACACUUGACUCACUAUCCUUCUAACGAUAUUUAUAAUUGGCCGCGACCAGCACAGUAUCCUUAUCCUUACGGAGCGACUUACUUGCAAAGUCACUAUCAACCUGCUACAGCAACGUCUUUUUCGGCGACUGUCGGAAGUCAUCAAGGAGCAAACUAUUAUUCUUCUUUUCAAUCGCGGUUGCACGCUAUGGCAAAUUAUAGCAUCACUAAAGAUCCACAGGGCCCUACCAUCAAUGGAGUAUUGAACAGAGUCGUGAAUGAAUUGAAGCAAAUCUUGAAGAAGGACUUUAAUAAGAAAAUGAUAGAGAACACGGCGUUCAAGUUAUUCGAGGUCUGGUGGGAUGAAAAGAAGUCGGAGAAAAAUCAAACUCACGGUAACAGUGAGAACGUAAUCGUCAAUAACACAACAAAAGAGGAUGUGAAACAAGGAUUGUCAUCAUUAUUGGAGCAACCAUUAGGACUCAAUUACGAUGGAUUUGGUUUGGGUAUUAGAGCUAGUAUGCCAAAGAUGCCUUCGUUCAGGCGUAAGAUCAAAGCUCCAAGUCCACUGCCGCAGGAUGAGGACAGUCGGCAGUCAGGUCACAUGGAUAUGGAAACGAUCGAAAGCGACAGCGAUAUGGACGCACCACCGGCACAAAAAACAAAGAGAACGACGACUUCCCUAGCGAGUAUCUCUUCUUCGUCGUCGUCUUCAUCUUCUUCUCUCGAGAGUAGUAGCGAUGAAAUCAGUUCCAGCGAAUCUUCCGAUAGUUCAAACGAAAGUUCUGACGAGGAAGGCUUCGAGGAUGAGCAAGACACAGAUAGCCGCAUAUCCGACCACAGGCCUUUGGCUUGUAAUAGUGAAGAUCCUGAUAUACUGACCGAACUCGCAAUCCAGAGAUCGUUGGACUGUCCCACGCCGACUGGUAGAGAAACACCGAUACCGGACAUCAAAAUUAAAGAUCAAAACGAAUUCCCGCAAAUUGAUAACGACAACCUGGACAGUCCGCUAUUGUCUCCUAUGAGAUACGAGGGCGUCAAGGAGGAGGAAAGAAUUGCUGAGAAGUCUACCGCGGAAGAAAAAUCUGUGUCUACGGUUAAAGACAAAGAAGUAACGAAGGAGUUAUCGAGAAUCGUCGAGGAGAAGGAACCUCAGAACGAAGCGAAACCACCUGCACCGAUAAUAACACCGAUAAAAGAAGAAACGUUACCGGACAUGCAGAAGAUGGAGAACUCGGCCGCGGAAGCUCUAAUGACCCUAGCUGGACGGGACAACAUUAUACGUCACAAGAGUCCAGGUCCCAUACAACCUAACAUUAUCAGAGCAUUGCAGACGAUGUCGGCGAAAUACAUCAAUGACGUACCUAUUCUAAAGGAAAACGAAAAGAUCGAAAUGUUCAGCGAGAUUCCUACAACUGACUCCGAGGAGGAAAGUUUAGAGAUCAGGAGAUUAAGGUAUCAAGCAGAAGCAGAUCUUCGAUUAAAUGGGCAGCGGACACCAAGCUCGCCUGGCUCUCAGGCUUCGCAAGUGUACAUGGAACAUUCAUACUCGUUGCCACCUGCACAACCGGAGCCCGCGGAGCCGGUGAUACGUGUACCGCCUGCCUCGGUGAAAGUGAAACACCCGAAGAUCGUGAAAUUAACGAAAUCGAAAGAUAAGACUCAUAAAGUGGACAAGCGGAAAUCCAACAAAUAUACGAAGGUGCACAGCAGCCAUCAGAAUCACGAGGGAGAGAAGGAAAAUAUCCGGAAUGAUUAUAUAUACGACAAGUUGCCUAAGCAAGUUCCGGAGCCGUCGGUCACAUACAAAGAGCGAGAUCUUCUUUCAGAAAUGACUAUUUUGUACGAGUUUUUAACUAGAGGAAUAGACGCGGAGGAUGUAGAGUACUUGAGAAGGAGUUACGAAGCUCUAUUAGCAGACGAUACGCAAGGUUACUGGUUGAACGACACGCAUUGGGUCGAUCAUCCGCCGACGGACAUACCGAGCCCUGCGAAAAAGAGGAAACGUGACGAGCUGCGAUUGCACGCGACUGGGAGUGCUAGAACGGAAGGAUAUUACAAAGUUGACGUCAGAGAAAAAGCGAAGCACAAACAUCAUUAUGCUCAAAGUAUACAACGCAGCAACGAUGUGGAGGAAUAUGGAGGUUCUUAUAUCGGAGGGGAUAGCGUAAUGAAUGGUCCAAAGAAUAAUUCUAAAGCGUUGACUGGUAAAAUGCAAGCGCUCUCACGCGAAGCUCGAAGCAAUCAACGUCGACUGUUAACAGCGUUUGGAAUUGAUACAGACAGUGAUCUCCUCAAGUUUAAUCAGUUGAAGUUCCGUAAAAAGCAAUUGCGAUUUGCCAAGUCCGGUAUUCACGAUUGGGGCUUAUUCGCUAUGGAACCAAUUGCCGCUGAUGAAAUGGUUAUCGAGUACGUUGGACAAAUGAUUAGACCAGUUGUUGCUGAUCUACGGGAAGCCCAAUACGAAGCCACCGGAAUCGGUAGUUCUUACCUCUUCCGUAUCGACUUGGAUACAAUUAUCGAUGCGACGAAGUGUGGCAAUUUGGCGAGGUUUAUUAAUCAUAGUUGCAACCCGAAUUGUUACGCAAAAGUAAUCACGAGUGAAAGCCAAAAGAAAAUUGUAAUCUACAGCAAACAACCGAUAGGAGUUAACGAAGAAAUCACUUAUGACUACAAAUUCCCAUUGGAGGAUGAUAAAAUCCCUUGCCUCUGUGGAGCUCCUCAAUGCCGGGGUACCCUCAACUGAAUCGUUCACAAAACUACAUUGUUCAUUUUUUUUCCUGUCUUCUACAUUUCGUCGACUUCUACUCAUAUUUUUGUAAAUAUUUCCCCAUGUAAACAUUUUAUAAAAAUGCAAUGGAAAAUGCUAAAUUAUGUUAAGAUGCGUUCUUCCUACUUUAUUAUAAAAUCCCUUCGAUACAGCAACUUUAACGUUUGAAAAAAUUAUUUGAGAUAAAUGUAUAUAUAUGAAUAUAUACAUAAAUUAAAAUAUACAUACAAAUACAUAUACAAACACACUAUCAUUAUUGUCUUAGAGUUACUUUAUAAUGUAUCGUUUAAAUCGUUUUUAUGUUUAUAUUGAGUCGUUGAACGUUAAAAAUGAAAGCAAUAUCCUUGUGUAUUAUAAUUGAAUUUACAAUUAUAAAUAAUGUAUAUAUAGAUUAUGUAUAUAUAUAUCA